UGGUUGCAUUUUUGGGUUAAGUAGAAGACCAAAGAAGGCUUCGGAAUGGUAGACAUAAUAAAUCUGAAGCGUGUAUUAAUAUGAGCUUGUGUAGUUUAUAGUCAUUGGAACUGGAUUUAUACUGUACUGAUGUCCGACAAGUCGCUCCAAUCUGGCAACCCCGGCAGAGAGCGAGGCGUUUAAAGCAGCGGGCAGCGACGCUACAGUCAGAGGCUCAUACACACACACACACACACACACACACACAGAGCGGGAGCGCGCCCGAGCUAUUCAAACAGGGUAUCAGUUAGCUGGUAAAAAAAAAUCCCCUGUCACAUCUACAGAAUAUAUCCACCUCAGUCAUCUAGUGCCUAAUGGCUAUGGCUAUGAAGGAUAAAGGGAAGCCGGUAGCUUGGGAUGUAACUGAAAACGCAUCCAGUUCGGCACACAGCAACCAAAACAACAAUAACAACAAUAACAACAACAACAAAGACAGCGAAGGAAGUGAAGGAACAACGACACCCACGUCUGCAGCCAUCGACCCGAGCGGCACAGAGAGCAGCGGCACGGGGACCGGAGCGGGGCUCACCGCCACAGGAGGCGCGAGCGGCAAGUGGGUCCGGCUCAAUGUCGGCGGUACCGUGUUCCUAACGACGCGCCAGACACUGCUCAAAGAGCAAACAUCCUUCCUGUACCGACUGUGCCAGCAGCAAGACCUGCAUUCUGACACGGAUGAAACAGGCGCCUACGUGAUCGACAGAGACCCCACAUACUUCGGCCCUAUACUCAACUACCUCCGACAUGGGAAACUGGUUUAUAACAAGGAACUGGCUGAAGAAGGUGUCUUGGAGGAGGCAGAGUUUUAUAACAUCACUCCACUGAUUAAACUAAUUAAAGAGAGGAUUCUUGAACGAGACUGUAAGGCCUCUCAGCAGGUACCUCCAAAGCACGUCUACAGGGUGUUGCAGUGUCAGGAGGAGGAGCUGACGCAGAUGGUGUCCACGAUGUCGGACGGCUGGAAGUUUGAGCAGGUCAGCGUACGUGCCUGCCGAAAGCCGCGGCCCGGACUGCUCUGGACUAUGGUGAAUAUUGGCUCAUCUUACAGCUAUGGUACAGAGGACCAGGCUGAGUUCCUCUGUGUUGUGUCCAAAGAGCUGCACACAUCUGGUGGGGGCCUGGGGACUGAGCAGAGCCACAAGAAUAAGGAAUCAGACACUCAGGUGGAGGAAGGAGAAAAGGAGGAGCAGGAAGAGGAAGACGAGAGAGAAAGAAAUGCCACCCCAAAUGAGUGGAUUUAGAGAUUAGGAGACUUGUGUCAUUGUUCCGAUCACAGGAAUGGCUUUUCCAGAUUCAUGGAUCCCGGAUGUAGAAUAUACACCUUUUUUGUAUUGCCAUAAUUAUUUUUUUCAAAUACUGAAUUAUCCCUCUCAGAGAUCAGUGGAAAAACCAGCAGCUGAAAGAUAAUCGAAGUAUGGAACUGUGUGUGAAGCAUGUGUAGAAGUAAGUGUGCUGUAGCUGGAGAAAGUAUUACUGUUUAAGCAAAAGAAGUUAAUAGAUCCUACUAACCUGUGACCAAAGGGCAACCAAUUGUAGUAUAACUCAUAUCAACCAACUUAAAAAAAAAAAAUCAAACCUGGGCCAUGAUUCAGCAUUUCACUAGAAUAUCUUACUCCUACCAUAACGUUAUAUCAGCGAUACAAAGAGUUGUAGUAAACAUCUUGACAAUAUUAUAAAAUAUAAAAUAAUUUGUAUUUUUGUGUGAAAAUGGCUGUGAAAAUGUGACUCGUAAAAAUAUGUGAAUGUGAAUCCUGCAGGCACGUAGCCUGAACGCCAUUUAACGAGCAGUAGACAUGCUGUUAUACGUAGACAUACAUAAUUCUGUGCCCCUAACACAUCUCAGUGCGACUGGGAUGCUGCACUGCUCCAGUUGGUUUGUCUAAAAUUACAAUCAUACUUGAUACUUACAACAGGGUCUGAUAUUAAUGUUAUAUUAUGACAUUAUGUGAUACCCUUCUCUCUUGCAUUCAUUAUGAUCCUAAAAUAGCUUUCUACAUUUGGGUCCUAUAAACCCAUUUUAUUCUGAAGUACAAUGCCUCAGUUAAACUAGAAAUACAAUUAUUUUAAAACAACAAGCCCUAAAGUUAGCACAAAAUCAAAAUAAGCACUUUCUGCCUCCCUCAGUGAUUUAUUGAAGAAGGUAGUUUUUUAUAUAUUGUGAUCUGCACCAUGUUCAUUACCCAUUCUGUAGUGCUGCAAAUAUUUUUUUAUAGACAAGAUUGAGAGAAACUUAAAUGUGUGAUGUGAGAAGUCUGUAGUUUCAACAUUAAAAGAUCAUUUUUAAGCACUUAUAAUGCUACAAUGGAACACUUUCAUACUCAUCCUCAAUGUUUAGCCAGGAGGCAUCUGUAAUCAUAAUCAUAUCAUAGGCCGGGGCAUUAGGUUUGUAUGACGUACUAAGUAUAGAAUGUUAAGUCUUUAUAUAGAGAGCAAUCCAAUUUUGUAUCACAACACAGUUUUUAAAAGAAUGCAUACAUGAUAAUGCUUCAAUAUGGCAUUUUCUUUCUUUGUUUAAUUCAAUGUAGUUUAUUUAUUUUUCUUUUAAAAUGUUUUAAGUAUGCUUUAUUAAUUUAUUCAUCCUAAAUGUAUAAUUUAAAACUAAAACAAAGAUGUGGUCCUACAUACUCUACAUGCAUUUGAGGUGACAAACGUGUUGCUCAAGCACACUUGUUCUUCCAUCUUCAUGAUGGACUUUUUUUUUUUUUUUUUU